AUGAUUAAUGUCAAUUUCCAAGACGAGAAUGAAUCCGAAAGCUCUCUUCUCUUUGAUAGCAGUGAUGUAUUUGUAGAACAACAGUGGCAAACCUCAUAUUUUAACGAUAGUUUUACCUGUACCAUGGAAGGGCGCGCAACCUCCUCCGCUACCGCGCGUUUCAGUUGUGGCUUGCUUGGGUACGUGGACGCCGCAAACUGCACCGGGGCAAGACCAAGUCGCACAAGCUUCGGGAAGUAUUGCAAAAGUAGCGUGACUGGAAAUCCUGAAACGAAGAAGAAGUGGGGAAGGUUUGGGUGCUGGUGUAAGCGAUGGGGGUGGUGGAAUUAG